UUCUUUUUUUUUUUUUUUUCAAAACCCCCAAAUUUUCAAUUGCAAUCAUGGCUCGCCGCCGCGAUUCCUUCAUUAUGGGCGACGACGCCGGCGUGGCGGACUGUCUGCUUCUUGAGGAGAUUACGGAACAGGCGUUCAUGGACAACCUCAAGACGCGUGUGCAGCGCGAUCGUGCGUACACGUACAUUGGCGAGGUCGUCGUGUCGGUCAAUCCGUACAAGUCGCUCAACAUUUAUGGCGACGACAUUAUCAAGCAGUACGAAGGCCGCUUCAUCUACGAGCGUCCCCCGCACAUCUUUGCCCUCACCGAAACCGCCUACAAGACCAUGCUCCGCCAGAACACGGACCAGUGCAUUGUCAUCUCAGGCGAGUCUGGUGCGGGCAAGACCGAGGCGUCCAAGAUUAUCAUGCGCUACUUGGCGGCUGUGUCGGGACACGGCAAGAAGGUGGACGAGGUCAAGGAAAUCUUCCUCCAGUCCAACCCCGUCUUGGAGGCGUUUGGCAACGCUGUGACCAACCGCAACGACAACUCGUCGCGCUUUGGCAAGUACAUGGACGUCGACUUUGACUUUAAGGGCGACCCGGUCGGCGGCCACAUUGCCAACUACCUCCUCGAGAAGGCUCGCGUUGUCAAGCAGUCCAAGGGCGAGCGCAACUUCCACAUCUUUUACAUGCUGAUGCGCGGCGCCAACGACCAGCUGCUGGGCCAGCUCGAGCUCUCGCGCGAUCCCAACACGUACAACUACACAAACCAGAGCGGCGUCAACGCUGUCAAGUCCCUCGACGACAAGAAGGAGUUUGAGGCUGUCCUGAAGGGCCUCAAGACGAUUGGCUUCACCCAGGCAGACCAAAACACGCUGUUUGAGGUUGUCGCGGCCAUCCUCCACCUCGGCAACAUUGUCUUUGAGGGCGGCGUGGAAGGCACCACCGCCUGCAGCAUUGACGCCGAGUCGCGCAAGCACCUCUCGGCUGUGGCCAAGCUCAUCUCGUCGACCGACGACGAGGUCAUCAAGGCGCUCACCACUCGCGUUGUCGCCACUCGUGGCGACGUUGUGUACUCGCCCCAGCAGGCGACCGAGGCCACGAUUGCCCGUGACGCGCUUGCCAAGGCUGCGUACGAACGUCUCUUCUCGUUUGUCGUCUCGCGCAUCAACGACAGCAUCAAGGUCGACGCCAGCGGCCGCAACAAGGUCAUUGGUGUCCUUGACAUUUACGGCUUUGAGAUCUUCCAGGACAACUCGUUUGAGCAAUUCUGCAUCAACUACUGCAACGAGAAGCUGCAGCAGCUCUUCAUCGAGCUCGUUCUCAAGCGCGAGCAGGAAGAGUACGAGCGCGAGGGCAUCAAGUGGACGCACAUUGACUACUUUAACAACCAGAUCAUUUGCGACCUCGUUGAGAGCAAGAACACUGGCAUUGUCGCCAUCCUCGACGAGGAGUGCCUCCGCCCCGGUGAUGUCACGGACAAGGACUUUUUGAACAAGAUGGACGAGCGCAUCGGCAGCCAUGCCCACUACCGCUCGCGCCAAACGGACAAGAACGAAAAGUCCCUCGAGUCCAACCGCGAUUUCGUCCUCAAGCACUACGCCGGCGAUGUCGUGUACAAUGUCAACGGCUUCCUCGCCAAGAACAAGGACACCCUGUUCCAAGAUCUGAAGCGUCUGCUCUACCAGUCCAAGAACGGCACCAUCAAGACCAUGUGGCCCGAGGGUGCGGCCGACAUUAAGGAGGUCACCAAGCGCCCCGUCACUGCCGGCACCAGCUUCAAGACCUCGAUGGGCGAGCUCGUCCAAAACCUCAUGUCCAAGGAGCCCCACUAUGUGCGCUGCAUCAAGCCCAACGACCAGAAGGCGUCGGGCGUGUUUGACCACGAGCGCGUCCUCCACCAAGUCCGCUAUCUUGGUCUGAUGGAGAACCUGCGUGUGCGCCGCGCUGGUUUUGCCUACCGUCUGCCCUACGACCGUGUGCUGCAGCGUUACAAGAUGCUCAGCCCCAAGACCUGGCCCCACUACAAGGGUGGCGAUCUCAAGGCUGGCGUCGAGCUCAUCCUUGCCGCUUGCAACCUCGCCGUGCCUGCCAUUCAGCUCGGCCGCACCAAGCUGUUUGUUCGCUCGCCCAAGACGCUCACCGCCCUUGAAGAGGCGCGCGAGGCCAAGAUCCCUUCGCUCGUCCUCAAGGUCCAAAAGAUCUGGCGAGGCUACAAGGCUCGCUGCUGGUUUAUCCGCUUCCGUGCCGCGCAUCGCAUUGCACGCCGCUUCCGCUUCUACAUGGCGCGCAAGUUCAUGUCCACCGUCUUCUCGACCUACAAGGGCGUCAAGGACCUGCCCGACUUUGGCAAGCACAUUCGCCUCCCCGAGCCCCCCAAGGUGCUCGUUCCCUUCCGCAAGAAGGUCGAGCUCAUCCACCAGACGUGGCGUGCUCGCCGCAUUGUCAUGUCGCUGACUCCCCCGCAGCAAGCCGAGAUGCGGCUCAAGAUUGUUGGUGCAGCCAUUUUCGGCGGCAACAAGAAGGCCUCGUGGGGCUACAAGCGCGAGUGGGAGGGCAACUACCUUGCGCAUGAGGCGACCAACCCCACUGCCGCCAAGUUCAAGCUCGCGAUCGGCGCGCUCAUGCAGCAGCACGGCGAUUCAAACAUUCUCUUCUCCGAGCUUGUGGUCAAGCUCAACCGCAAGAACAAGAUGCAAGACCGCGUGCUGAUUGUGUGCGAGAACAACUUUUACAAGCUCAACCCGGCCACGUACAAGAUUUGCAAGCACCCCAUCGCCAUCUCUGGCGUGACUGGCGCGUCCGUCUUCCCCGACGACAACCAAGUCGUCGUCAUCCACACGACUGGUGGCAAAGACGGCGACCUUGUCUUUGACAUGACGACUCGCGGACCCAAGGCCGGCGAGCUCUUGAUCAAGCUCCAAGACAUGGUGCGAAAGCACCACAAGAAGGAAAUUAACAUCAAGGUGGCUUCGCAGAUUGACUUUUCUCAAGGUGGCAAGGCCAAGCAACUCACCGUCGGUGGUCCCGACCCAAAGGCGCACACGCACACCUUCAAGGCCAACGGCAAGACUGGCGUUGCCUUCCACACCCCUGGUGCUGCUCCUCCGUCGUAAAAUUUCAAAACCACACAAAGCAUGAUACUGUGGGAAAAAAAAAAUUGUUGUUGUUGUUGUUGUUGUUGU